GCUGCAGCUUCUUCCUUCUCUGCUGCCCGCUGGCCUCCCACAUGCUUGUGGACGUGAGUCGCUUCAUCGCUGCUUUGACGGAAGCCUGCGGCAGUGAGCAGCUGCUGUGUGCUUCCACUGAUUGACACACCGCCGUGGUGGAUUCCGCUCGGACGGACGGACAAUAGGCAGCCCGGUGCAGCAGCAGCUUCUCGUUCUUAGCCGGGGAGCUUUUCCAGCAUUCCUGUCCGGGAAUUCUGAACUCACCGCGGCUCCAGAUGGCCGGACACGGCUGGGAAGACUGGUUCGAGAGGGAAGAAUUUAUCGGACAAAUCAGCGAUAUCCGAGUGCAGAACCUGCAAGUUGAAAGGGAACUGGUUCAGAAGAGGACCUUCACCCGUUGGAUAAACCUCCACCUAGAAAAGUGUGACCCACCCAUAGAGGUCCAUGACCUCUUUCAGGACAUCCGGGAUGGGCGCAUCCUCAUGGCCCUGCUGGAGGAACUCUCUGGCUGUAAACUGCUUCAUGGGUUCAGGAAGUCCUCCCAUCGUAUUUUCCGACUGAAUAACAUUGCCAAGGUCCUGUCUUUUCUUGAGGAGAGAAAUGUAAAGCUGGUCAGUAUCGAUGCAGUUGACGUUGCAGAUGGAAAUUCCUCCAUCAUCUUGGGACUCAUUUGGAACAUCAUUCUCUUCUUUCAGAUUAAGGAACUGACUGGGAACAUCAGGAGCCAGUUCCCCUCCUCUUCCAGCCUUUCAUCCAUUCCCACCAGCUCUGACUCUGACACAUCCUACAGCAGCACGCCAUUGGACGACAGGCAGUCAGCAUCCACAGCCGUGCGAGAACACAGCAGGGCCAUUAAGAAGUUACUGCAGUGGGUACAGAAGCGAACACGCAAGUAUGGUGUAGCAGUGCAGGACUUUAGUAAAAGCUGGAUCAGUGGUCUGGCUUUCCUGGCUGUUAUUAAGUCCAUUGACUCCAGCUUGGUAGACAUGAGGAAAGCCCUACUGAGAAGUUCCAGAGAAAAUCUAGAGGAUGCCUUCAGAAUAGCCCACUACAGCCUCGGUAUACCGCGCCUUCUGGAACCUGAAGAUGUGUCUAUCAAUGCACCAGAUGAGCAGUCUAUCAUUACAUAUGUGUCUCAGUUCCUGGAGCACUUCCCUGGUAUCGAAGAGCCAGAGGAGACCUGCCAGCUAAUUGAACGAAGUGUCUCUAUGGGCCGACUCAACUUCCGCGACAGUGACUCUGACCACAUGAGUAAAGAUACUCACCGAAGCAGAGUAAGGGAGAGGUCCUAUAUGUUUCAGAAGGACUGUGCCCAACCCCCACCCAAAAUCUUAAUUUCCUCUGUAUCAGAAGACAGAAGCAUGAUGCCACCUUCCUUCAGGGUUACGGCAACUCGAUCGUGGUCCAGUGAUGACAUUUUGACAGAUUCGCCCCACACAGACGACCCCAUAAAACCGGUGGAAGAAAUCUUAACCAACAAUGAUGACCCACAGCUGUCUUAUACUCACUCGCCCACCGGCUCAUCAGUACCCGAGUCUGUAAACACAGAGUCAGUAAUGGAUGACUCUGCAAUCAGCUCACCGGACUCUUGGGUGGAGAGUGAGCUUGCCGUGGCAGGGGAGAAGGAUGGUGAGAGCCAAAUUUGCUUGUGUGAUAUUGGAACAGCUUGGGAUGUGUACCGUGCGACUCCUGUGGAAGUAACUGCUAUUGAUGAAGGAUUUAUCCCAUCCAUAGAAGAAAGAGCCGCUGAUGAGCAGUCACUGAGUGAGUGUUGUGUUGAUGAAGGGAUUUACUCUUUGGGCUCACUGGAGAGCAUGCAGGACAGAUUCCAGGGGCAUGCUAAGAAAAGGGAAGUGCGAGUAGCUGAAGUGGAAGAUUCAAAACUUGAAAGAAACAAGGACUUGGAAACGGAGCAGGUACCUGAGCAGAUCAAUACUGAGGUUAUAACACAGCUAGAGUCUGAAUCCCUAAAAGAGAAGGAGCAAGAAUCUUCAGCUGAAGUGAGCGACUUUGGUGCUGAAGAUAUCCUUGAACCUCAAAUACUGAGCUCCAACACUGAACGGCCAUCCAGGGACUAUUGUGAAGAAUCUGUGAAAGAUAAUAUUAUAGAAGACGGUACUCACAGAGAUGAGAAAUGUGUAAAGAAAUCUGUGAAUGCACAGAACCACAAAGGAGAAACUAACAGUCAAAGUGAAUUUCUGCAAGACAUAAAUGUCUCUGAGGAGGUUGAAGUGGAAACUGAAUGCCAUAAAACAGACUGCUGUGGUUCUUUAGAGAACAAAAAAGAACCAGAAAUGUUAAAGGGCAGGAAUGAAGUACUUGUACAAACACAAGAUGAAGCAAGUGAAGGACUUUUAAAAGACAGCCCAGACUCUCAGGACACAAAUAAUUCUGUACAAAUUACUAAAGCUUUAGAAAACACCUCUUCUACCAACACAGAGGAAGUAUUAACAACAAGCCAGGAUCCAAGCAUAGGCAUGAAUAUUCCUUCCAUCUGUAUUGUCAGCGUGCCAGAAGAACAGGAUGAUACAAAUUUUAACCAAGAAGAACACGGUACUGCUGAUGAAAAUCUCAGCCAGCCAUUGGUGUUUGUAAGCGAGGUGACCGACAUGUGUGUCAACAGUACUGCAAACCCAGGUGAAAAAAGCUCUACCUCCAAUAAAGAUGAUAAAAUUAUUGCUGAGGGUCUGUUUGAAAACGCUAAAGCCACAUCUUCAGGAGAAUUAAUGGAUCCAGAAAAUCAGCAUUUAAAUGAUAUAAAUGAACACAAUCUAUCAUCAAAUGAACACAUGCAAGGUCAGAUUGAAAUAAGUGAAGAUGGUGAUAAAUGCAAGCCUCCUCUUGAUGAUUCUCAGGGAGAAACUAACUUUUCUACAGAGGCUGAAACUCAUAUAGUGGAUAUUGAGCAUGUUGUAAAUUCCACUGAUCCACCUGAUGGACAUGAGAGCAAACUAGCUGACACCUUUUGUAGCAGCGACAUAGCCAACACACAGCUUAGUACACUGGAUCCAUUCAACACCGAGCCAAGUGAUGAGAUGGGGACGUUGCGCUCUGAACCAGCUACCGUGUCCAGAAACAUGGACGUUUUGUUUUAUACAGACUUUGAUCGAGGUUCUCCAACAGAGGAUCUGGUUGGUGACCCUGUUGAGCCCAUGGAUCUGUUCUACCCAGACAAAGAAGAGCUCAUGUUUACAGACCAACCUGACACUGAAGCACAAACCUGGCCCUCUGUUUUGAGUGUCUCUGCUCUGCAGCCAGCACCACCUUCAGACUUUUUACCAGAUGGCCAACAAUUCGAUCCGCUGGGUGAAGACGUCAGGGAAGUGGACUUGAUACAGGAGCACGAUGAGGUGAUCACAAAGACCACCCAAGAGACAAAGAAUGUAUUUGGAUCCCAGCAGCACUGCUUGUUGCCUGGAGUGAAGCUAUGUAAGCCCUUAGGAGAUGCUGAUGUUCUAGCAGACAGGAGGGAUCCCAGUGAGGCUGAGCAACAGAAGCCAGUCUCUGCCAGGGAAAACACAGAGCCUGUGAGGAGCAGUGCAGGUUCCAGCAGACAAGGUGAAACCCAUAUCCCACCAGUUCUCCGUCACAGAAAGGGGGCUCAUUGCCCAGAGUCAGUGGACAGUCGGAGAGCUGUAACUACAAAAGCUGACCGUGAUGACUUUGAUUUUUGGUGGAGGGAGAACUGGGAGCUACGUGUGCUGCUGCUGCUAUGGUUACUGCUCUACUGUUUCUGGGUGUUGCCUCAGAUUGACCUGAAGACACUGCCCAACAUGCUGCUGAACCGCUGAAUGCACACACACACGCACACACACGCGCACAAGCACAGCUUCUCUGAGCUAUGAGGAAAAAUAAAAAACUUUAGGUUUUUUAACAUGCACAUGCUCACACAGCCAACUGCCACCUUUUAAUGAAUCUACAUUAAGUGAAGAUAUUUAAAACAUGUAUAAUUUCAAACUACAAGAGCUUGUUUUCUGUGUUUUGGUUUUUAGCUUCUAGUGUGGCUUAAGCAGUUUAUGUGAGAGUGUAAAGGUCACUUGGGGAGGAAAAACAUUGCAGUCUUUUUAGAAAAAGAUCACACUUUUAUGAAAAUAAAGUUAAAAAUUUAAAGAUAAAAAGUUUACUGGUUUAAAAUAAACAAACCAGAUUCUGAAAAGGUUGGGACACUGUGUAAAAUGUAAGAAAAACCUAAACAGAAUUCUGUAAUCAGACAAACCAAAAUUUGAAAUUCUUCUUGGAAUGAAGAGGAGCUUGUUAUCAGCACUCAGUUUUUAAAUUAAUACAUCAUUAGUACAUCUGCUAGAAGAUUCUGGGGUAGCACUGGCGGUAUAGUUUUUAUGACGCCUGCUGUCAUCAUGCACCCAUCUGAUUUUUAGAUGAAGCUGGAAUCCUAAUUUGAUUUGAUAUCUAAAUUUAAUUAUUCACUUCUAACCUAAGAACAACAAAAUGUAGGUGUAAAUCCAUGAUCUGUUUUGGAUAAGUGGACUCUGACAUGGUUUGCUGAUCUGUUGCAGAGCCUAUCAUCUCAGCGAUUAAGGUUCCGGGUUGACUCGACACUAAUUCAGCUGCUUUUCAGUGUAAACUGUGUCAAGGCUCAGACUCUGAAAUUCAGAUACCAAAAUGUUGUUUGACAUAAUUCAUAAUAAUAAUGACUUAAUCUCAGUCUGUGCACACAAUGUAAAUGUUCAGAACCUGCAGAUAGUCCAUGUUUAAGAACAACUCUAAAAUAUAUGGAGUUCAGUUUGAGUGUCAAUGUCGUGAUAUGCUGUGCGGCAGGCAGGACUUGGACCUGAUAUGCAGGACCCUGGAGACAAAAGGAUAAACUCAAAAGGAUGUCAAGGAGACAAAGCUGGGCUCAGAAGAGAAAACACAGAGCGUGGGAGCAUGGACAACAAAACAUGAACUGAAGAAAACUGAGACGACUGACUGGCAAAAUAAGACAGGGAGUCAUGAAAACACCUACACUGAGGGAACGGGGAAGGCUAAGAAGAAUAAGUAUAAACCGAAUCACCAAAACCAGAAUGAUAAUAAAAGAUAGACAUUAAUUGAAGCUUGUUUAUUAAAUUAUAAACAAAAACCCAGAAACUUCAGGACAUAAUCCAAACAUAAUUACAAGAACACUGAAAAUAUAGAUUUAAAAAAAGAAAUUAACGGAGGAAAAAGAACAACAAACUGAAAACACUGACUCCAGGAACCAUGACACUUAAAGUCAUCUCAGCCCCACCUAGUGUUCACACAAAUAUUUACAUCAGCUCCAAGAUCCAAAUGUGACACACGUUUUUCGUCAGUGUGACAGCUGACAAUAUUUCCAGUGUGCAAAACACAGUAAAUGUUUUCAGGAAAUUGGCUGACAGCCUGACAGGAUUAUUGCCCAGGGUCAAAGACUUUUGUUAACCCUGAGAUGAGGGAAACUUUAUUAUCAACUCAGAGUUUUAGCUAAGCCUGCUUCCCAGAAGCUCAUAGUGUUCAUACAAACUGCCAUCAAUUUCAAGAUGAGCUAAUAUUUUUCUUAAAAUAUUUCCUAGUUUAAACCUUUAGUAUAUUUUCAGGUUUUUUUUUAAAUUGUGAAUAAAAUAUGGGUUUAUGAGAUUUGCAAAUCAUUGCUUUCUGUUUUUAAACACAUUUUGCACUGGAACCAAAAAAAGCUACAUUUCAAAAACACAUAGUAUCUUUGAGUUUUACAUGACUGCAAAAGAUCCUGCAACUUUAUUCUUGAAAUUUCAGUGCACUCAUAUUAGUCUUAAUAUUAAAAUAAAUGUAUUAACUUUCACAAAAAAGGGUUAUAGAUUAAAAGUUUUAAUAGAAAAAUAAAGGCUGUUUUGUUUUGUACAAAUAAGUCCUAUUUAUAAAAGCUUAAGAAGAAAGCUGCAGUUGUGCAAGUAAAACUGUAACAACAUCUAUGUAGGUGUAUGCUACAAUGCAUUUUUAAAUACAUUUAUCAGACAUUUGUUUUUAAGGCAUUAUGCAUUUCACAUGUCUAAUGUAUCAAAACAUUAGAUACUAUUUAAAAAUCAUUAAAUUGUUACAUUAAAACACAUCAUCCCAUACAUUAAUUGUGUUGUUGUAACCUGUCCUGCCGGCCACAUCCACAGUUGGUGCAUUGUAAUGUACAUCUCCACAGAUGAGUCCAUGCAAUCAGAAAAUCUUGACAGGCAUGGAGAUGUCCACAUGAACCCAUGCACUCACUGUGUGAGAAAAAUGUCACUUGAAGCAGAUCCUGCUACGUUAAUGUGACCUUUUGUCCACCACUGCUAUAUAGACCUUGUCACAUAUUAUUAGAAACCUUUAUUCAGGUGUCAAGCUCCAUAACAGCAUUAUGCUGUUUUGCAUCAUAGAUGUGAUGACCUUAAUAAACAUUGAAGGUUUUGAGUUGCUAAUAUUUACAGUUAAGUUUUCAUUUUAAUUUUUAGUUGUAAUUAAAUUUUUUUCUAAUGAAUUCUUCUCUAUUGAAAUGCCAUUGUGUGAUGAAAAUGAACUUGUAAUUUGACAAAUUAUAAAUAAUUAUAAAAAUGAAAGUGUGUUGGUAAAAUCAAGGCAUAUUUUCUCUCAAAAGGCUUUUUCUUUUCACAUUUUCCCAUGUAGAGAUGCAGCUUUGUUCUUUAAAUCCAAACUUCAUUGUAUAUUAGACAAUUAUGACUAUUGCUAUUAAUAGCAUCUUUAAUCAGAAAAUGGCACAUUUCUUAAAAUAUUACAUUCAUGUUUUUAUUCAACUGUGGCCUUGAUAUUUUGUUGCAUAUGUGCUUACAAAUGCACUAUUAUAUUUUUGUGGUUCAUCAUAACUGUACAGUAGACUUGAUUUGUACACAAAAAUACAUACUAUGGAUAAAUGAAUGCAAAAUAUAAAGCCAUCUAAACCUGAUGAAGAUUUUAUGAAAUAAUGAGUGUGUUAUCAAGAAGUUCUUCAAAUCUGGUUCACGGAGAAGGCGUCCUUGAAGGAUAUAUGAACUAAAUUUAAACCAAAAAGGGUUUUUUAGGUUUAUAUAUACAUAUAUGUAUAUAUAUAUAUAUAUAUAUGUGGAUUUCAGAACGUUUUUGAUGGCACUUUGCAAAAUUGUAGGACAAUAUAUGUCAAAAUUUUGGAAUACUGAGCUUCCAUACCAGCACUAUGAAGGAAGAAUUUUGAGUCUUUUGCACUUUUUAAGAAGGAACACAAAUUGCCAAAGAUAGUGUUGGAAGUGCUAACAGAAAUGACACAACUCACCACAGGCCCAAUAAUGGAGUCUUGUUUUUAACAGACAUAAAGUCACAUAUUUCUUGUGUAGUAAAGCAUCACCCUGUCUCCAUGUUGUAUAAUAUUAGGCAGAAUAUGAAUUUGUAAUGUUUUAUGCCUCAUAACAUGGAUCAAUGGAUUUAUUAAAACAUUUAUGAUAAAGACAUGUUUUAUGUGUUUAAGCUAUGCUUUAGCCUUUCCAAGCCUGCUAUUGAAAAAGAAUGCUUUACACUGAAAUAUCUUUCUAUGUGUUAUUUUUGAACAAUGUCUGUAAU